GUGGCUAGUAUUUUACAGAGCCUGUGGAACAUGCACACAGGAAAUUAUUUUCUUUUAUUCUUCCAUACUUUCCUUACAUUUACAAGAGGUAAGAAAAGUUGCACAGUAUUUUUGAAAUCAGGUGAAAUCAGGUGUUUAUUAAAUUUGUUGCAAUACAAAGUGAUAAUUAAAACAGAUGGAAAAUUUAAACUGGAUUUGCCGUAAUUGCUUUAUUCAGCUUCAGAAAUGCAGCAUAGGUUUUUCCAAAUUCAUUUACUCCCAAGUACAUUCAUUCAAAAUUGCAGUUCUUAGCACAAUGCUUGGCAUAUGGCAAGCAAUUUUUAAAUUUUUUGAGUGAAUAGGUAAGACGGGAGAAGAUGGUUGAACUAGAAGGAUUCUUACUAUUUUCAGAGAUUUGAGUUCCUUAUCACACACAUACACAUGAUACAUAUCAAACGUCCUAAUUCACCAGUAGACUUUUUUAAAAAAAUUAUUUAUUAUAUUAAUGAGCGAUUCAGAGACACAGGCAGAGGGAGAUGCAGGCUCCAUGCAGGGAGCCCGACUCAGGACUUGAUCCCAGGUCUCCAGGAUCACACACCCUGGGCUGAAGGCAGGCACUAAACCACUGAGCCACCCAGGUGUCCCUACCAGUAGCCUUUUAUUUGAAACUAUUCUGGGGAAAAAAAAAAAAGAAAGAAAGAAAGAAAGAAACUAUUCUGCAAUAAGUAAUUCACCAAACAAAUCUUUGCAGAUUUAGCUUCUCUUUGCAUAAAGGUAGAGAAAUCCUCACGGUCUUGGAAAAGAUACGCCAUGGCAAAGCAAUCUCCAAAGUUGUAUUUUGGCUUUACCUAACCAUUUAAUGCACAAACAUUUCACGGAUUUCAUUCAUAUUGACAUGCCAUAUAACAUAAUAUUUAGUAUUCACGGAAAGUUAAUUUUCAAGAGGUUUGUUCACAUAUGCUUAGUUUGUGCAGUUAGCAGUCACUACAAAAUACAUAACCAAACAUUAACUGUUAUCAUUUCUGAUUCUAUUCAAAUGUAGUAGUUCAGCAAUUAGGUAUCAUCCAAUCUGAGAUCAUUUUUGAGAACACAUUAAAAACCAAAAUACAACGACUUUCCUUAGCUUCCUGGUCUCAAUAUUUUGGGCAUAAGUAUUUAUGGGGAAAUAGAAUUAAAAACAAAAUCUUUUCCCAACCCAGAAAUCCUCUCCACAAAGGCAAUAAAGGAAUAAAACAGAAUUAAACCAGAAUGUGAUGUGCAUUGCAGGCAAUUAGGAGAGAGACUCUAAAGACAGAAAGAAAUCGCUCACCUUUUUGUAGCCAAGCAGAUACAACCCAUGGCAUGAGUUUUCAAGAUAACCAGUUCUCAAGUACGAGGCCUUGAGAAUACCAUUUGCACACAUAAUUCAUCUUAAUUUUAUUUGGUAACUGGGUUGACCGUCUGUGUUAACCAAUUAGCUUUAUCCAGAGGAAAAACAAACUUCUCAGAUCUUUAUAACAGAAGGUAAUUUUGCCAAGUUGGGAGUGAUUUGCCCACUGAAGUUGUAUUCUUAGUCUCCCGUGGAAAGUGGGUGUUAUCUCUGCUUGCUUUUUUAUGGCAGUAUAAUUGACAUAUUAUAUUGAUUUCAGAUGUUUAACAUAAUGACUUGAUAUUUGUAUAGACAGCAAAAUGAUCAUCAUGUGUCUAGUUCAUACAUAGUUAUUACAACAGUCUUUUUAACUUGUGAUGAGGACUCCUAAGAUUUACUGUCUUAGCAACUUUCAAAGAUGCACUAUAAUAUUUAGUACCGUGGUGUACAUUACAUCUGCAUGGCAUAUUUAUUUCACAACUGGAAAUUUGUGUCUUCUGACCCCCUUCAUCCAUUUCAGUCUCACUCCCAGCUAUCAGUCUGCUCUUUGCGUCUAUGAGCUUUCUUUUUUUUUUUUUUUUGAAUUCCACAUAAAGUGAGAUCAUAGGCCAUUUGUCUUUCUCUGCCUGACUUAUUUCAGUUAGCACAGUAUCCUCAAGGUGCAUCCUCAGAGUUGCAAGUGACAAGAUUCCAUUCUUUUUUCUGGCCGCGUGGUAUCUCCUCUAUCUCACAUUUUCUUUAUCCAUUUCUGGGUGCUGCUCCGGCUCUAGAUGCUCCCAUUUCAGAGUGAUAUCUUGGUAUCUCCCAAGUCUUUAAAGACAUUCCUGGAAUGUAAAGCUGACAAAACACUAGCUGACAGCGACCUAACUACUUUUUAAAAAGGAUGUAUAUAAAAGAAGUAAGAAUACUCAACGACAGGUUUUCUAAGGCAAACUGAGAAGGGGAAAUCUCUCCCCACACCUUUAAGACGAACAGUUAAGGUUCUUGCUUAAAACUUUUUUUUCUGUUUAACAGCAUUAUUUUUGCCUUCUUCUUCUUCUUUUCCUUUUUUUGACUUUGAAACGGCAGACAAGCAAAGUCCGAUCUACGGUUUGUCUCUGUGCAGGGCUGUUCGCUGUGCUUAAACAAGCACCCUGCUGAACACAGAAAAUUCACCACUCUUCUUUGGCUUCCACGUAAUUCAAGUUUCUGGGUGGGGUGGGGGAGGGUGGAGAGGAGCCUGACGUUACUGUGCUCCCGGCGAAGGAUGCGGCUCGGCUCCCCCGCCGUACGCGGCUCGGCGCCUUCAGAGCUGGGCCACACGCACACGCCCCGACGGGGACGGGGACCGGGACACCUGAGCUGCUGCCGCGCAUCACCCAGUUAUCUCUGUUCGGCUCACAUUACUCAUUUCCCACUGAAUUCUUUUGGGUGAAGGCGCUCCUGCAACCGCCUUCCCUGGAAGAGCCAGCCGGUCGGGGUGGGCCGCGCACCCGGGCGCUGGAAGAGCUCCUGUUUUCUGGCCAGACCUGUGGUCGUUCCAGUGAGACUCCACUGCACAUCUUCUCAAGGGUCUUCCUCAUCCCUAAUGUGUAAUCCUUCAACAUGGACCUGCUGCUUUAGCUAAGAUAUGACCAGCAAUGAAUAGUAGUAAGAUAUGUGCUGAUUAGAAGGUUCACAGCGCGGUGUGGAGGAUAAGACAGUGCCUUACAAAAAUGGGGUUUGGGAGUGACCUGAAGAAUUCACAUGAAGCUGUGCUAAAAUUGCAAGACUGGGAAUUACGGUUACUGGAAACAGUGAAGAAAUUUAUGGCCCUGAGAAUAAAAAGUGAUAAAGAAUAUGCAUCUACUUUACAGAACCUUUGUAAUCAAGUUGAUAAGGAAAGUACUGUUCAAAUGAAUUAUGUCAGCAAUGUAUCCAAGUCUUGGCUACUUAUGAUUCAGCAAACAGAACAACUUAGCAGAAUCAUGAAGACACAUGCAGAGGACCUAAAUUCUGGACCCUUACACAGGCUCACCAUGAUGAUCAAAGACAAGCAGCAGGUGAAGAAAAGUUUUAUAGGUGUUCAUCAGCAGAUAGAGGCGGAAAUGAUCAAGGUUACAAAGACAGAAUUAGAGAAAUUAAAAUCCAGCUAUAGACAGUUAAUAAAAGAAAUGAAUUCUGCCAAAGAGAAAUAUAAAGAAGCUUUAGCUAAAGGGAAAGAAACCGAAAAGGCCAAGGAACGAUAUGACAAAGCGACAAUGAAACUUCAUGUAUUGCAUAAUCAGUAUGUAUUGGCACUGAAAGGGGCACAGCUUCAUCAGAAUCAGUAUUAUGACACCACACUUCCUUUGCUUCUGGACUCUCUUCAGAAGAUGCAAGAAGAAAUGAUAAAAGCACUAAAAGGUAUAUUUGAUGAAUACAGCCAGAUAACCAGUCUCGUUACAGAGGAAAUAGUGAAUGUCCAUAAAGAGAUUCAAAUGUCAGUUGAACAGAUAGACCCUAGCACAGAAUAUAAUAAUUUCAUAGAUGUUCACAGAACAACGGCUGCUAAAGAGCAAGAAAUUGAGUUUGAUACUUCCUUACUAGAAGAAAAUGAAAAUCUUCAGGCAAAUGAAAUUAUGUGGAAUAAUUUAACAGCAGAAAGUUUGCAAGUAAUGUUGAAAACUUUAGCAGAGGAACUUAUACAGACACAGCAGAUGCUUGUAAACAAGGAGGAGGCUGUCCUGGAGCUAGAGAAGAGAAUUGAGGAGUCCUCUAAGACCUGUGAAAAGAAGUCUGAUAUUGUGCUUCUGCUAAGCCAAAAACAGACACUAGAAGAGCUGAAACAGUCAGUCCAGCAGCUGAGAUGCACUGAGGCAAAGUUUACAGCACAGAAAGAAUUACUAGAGCAAAAAGUACAAGAAAAUGAAGGGAAAGAGCCACCUCCAGUAGUGAAUUAUGAAGAAGAUGCACGAUCAGUUACAUCUAUGGAAAGAAAGGAGAGGCUAUCCAAAUUUGAGUCCAUCCGUCAUUCAAUUGCUGGAAUAAUUAGGUCUCCAAAGUCUGCACUGGGCUCUUCAACAUUCUCUGAUACGAUCCCCAUAAGUGAGAAGCCCUUGGCAGAACAGGACUGGUACCACGGUGCAAUUCCCAGAAUAGAAGCGCAGGAUCUAUUAAAACAACAAGGAGACUUCUUGGUGCGAGAGAGUCAUGGGAAACCUGGUGAAUAUGUCCUUUCUGUAUAUUCUGAUGGACAAAGGAGACACUUUAUCAUACAAUUUGUUGAUAAUCUAUAUCGAUUUGAAGGCACUGGUUUUUCAAACAUUCCUCAACUUAUAGAUCAUCACUAUACAACAAAACAGGUCAUCACUAAGAAGUCAGGUGUAGUUCUGCUGAAUCCUAUUCCUAAGGAUAAGAAAUGGGUUCUCAAUCACGAAGAUGUCACAUUGGGAGAAUUACUGGGCAAGGGGAAUUUUGGUGAAGUAUAUAAGGGCAUAUUAAAGGAUAAAACUGCUGUUGCUGUUAAAACAUGUAAAGAAGAUCUUCCUCAGGAACUGAAAAUAAAAUUUUUACAAGAAGCCAAAAUUCUCAAGCAAUACGAUCAUCCCAAUAUUGUCAAACUUAUAGGCGUUUGCACACAAAGACAGCCUAUCUACAUUAUUAUGGAACUGGUUCCAGGAGGUGAUUUCCUGUCCUUUCUGAGAAAGAAGAAGGAUGAAAUAAAACUCAAACAAUUAGUGAAGUUUUCAUUAGAUGCUGCUUCUGGUAUGUCCUAUCUCGAGAGUAAAAACUGUAUACACAGGGAUCUGGCUGCAAGAAACUGCCUGGUAGGUGAAAAUAACGUUCUGAAAAUCAGUGACUUUGGAAUGUCUCGUCAAGAGGAUGGUGGAGUGUAUUCAUCUUCUGGCUUAAAGCAGAUUCCCAUUAAAUGGACAGCACCAGAAGCUCUUAAUUAUGGGAGAUACAGUUCUGAGAGCGACGUGUGGAGCUUCGGCAUCCUCCUCUGGGAGACCUUCAGCUUAGGAGUGUGCCCCUACCCCGGAAUGACAAAUCAGCAGGCGCGGGAGCAAGUGGAAAGAGGGUACCGAAUGUCAGCCCCCCAGCAUUGCCCAGAGGACAUUUUUAAAAUUAUGAUGAAGUGUUGGGAUUAUAAACCUGAGAACCGCCCCAAGUUCAGUGAACUUCAGAAAGAGCUCACGGUCAUCAAGAAGAAAGUCACACAGUGACGGAGCAGUGCCAACCGCCUCUGGGACCUGGGCGUCCGGCAGAGUGACAUCGUUCUCCCCGCUAACAAUGAGUUUAUACCACAUUACCUGCAACAGUCUUCUAAGGUGACUUUUGUUAUUAACUGGUUUUUGUUUUGUUUUGUUUUGUUUUUAAGUAUGUGCCACUCACAAAAAAAGACAAGGGCAAAAAUGUAUUCAAGAAACAGACACUCUUACCAAGGGCUUUAUUAGCUCACUGCAGCAAUCCUGCCAUUUCAGGCCACUGUAAAUAGAAAAGCACAGCCUUUCGGUGUGAGGGAAGAGCAGAUCUUUCCCACACCAGGACCACUGAUGUUUGUCAGAGGUUUUCUACUUCAGGUGCAGUCCCCGGGCUGCUGCCCUAUGACACAGACCCUACUCCAUCGGUGCUAAAAGCAGCAUUGGUAAUGCCAUGUCUGCAGGACACAUUCCAACCAAAGGCAGCUCUUUGCUCUGCCAAGGCAAGAUUCUGUUUGUAAACACCAUUUUAUAUUGGGAAUUAGUUGGACCUCUUAGGGUUUUUCUCUUCUUUCUUGCCAGAAAUAAGUGCCGUGUGGGAAGCAUCACACUCCUGUAUUAUUAGGAAGGUAGCUGCUUCCCCUGCUCCUUUGUCUGGGCAUUGGCCAGCGAUGCAUGGAAUGUCCUCCCAGAGCCCAUGCUUAGGGUUGAAAUAGCAGCUCUUAAAGGAGGUUUUUUGGGAGCUGUGCCAGCAAGAAGCAAGUUUGAUUGGGGUGGGGGGGUCUGGAGAAAGGAGUGGCUACCGAAGCAAUCAAAGGGAAGAGAAGGAAAAUAUAGUCUGCCUUCUUAUCAGAGUUAUGCCUUUUCACACACACACACACACACACACACACACACCAACCUAUUAUUUUAUGGUCUGAAUUCACAACAAAAAUUGUAAGAAAUGUUUCCAGAAGUUCAUAGUUAGUUAGAGCUUAAUGGCAGCAAGAAAACUUUUUAGCAAAACUACAGAGCACAAGGUCACAGAAAUAAGAGCCUACCUUUGGUUAAGUACCUUCACCUCAGAGGAGACACCCUGGUAGUUAAUCCUCUUGAUUUCCACCCGUUUCCAGAGCUGAAAGGAUUUCAUGAUUCUAGUUCAUCAACACACUGAUGUGUGUACACGCACACGCGCAUGCACACACACACACACACGCUGCCAAUAAGCAGGAGCAAACGGUUAAGAAGUCAAAUGAACAUCACUGAGGGCGAAGACACAGGGACAGCCUUCCCGUUUCUGCUGUCCCCCUUCACUUACCCUUAUCCUGCUACCUGGACAUCCUUAUCUUAGCUGACAGGUGUGCAGGCGCAGUUCUGGGGAUGCUCCAGGUAAAUAACACAUAACAUAGAGCUGAGGGUAGGCUUCUGUUGAGCUGAAUAUUAGCUGCAUCCAGGGAACUCACCCCUGUGUUCUGUAUAUAGUUGCCUCUCAGGAUAAAUAUGUGUGCAGGAGAUGGUCAUGCUCAGGGGUAAAUGUGGCUUGAGAGCUCUUAGUGAGUGCUCGGGCCUGUGUCCAGAUAACUAGCACCUUAGUGAUCGUUUGGUUAUAUCUAUUGGAAGAGCUAUGGGAUAGAAAACUCCCGCUGCCCCCUCCAGCUGUUCACUGCCCACCAAUACCAGUGCACAGAACCCGCACCCAGUACUCUAACGGGUAUAAAGGACAAUACUGAAGAGAAGAAGAUGCCUUGUGUCUGUCAUUUCAAUUUCCUUGCAGGGUGUGUGCACAUUUAAUAAUCACUACAUCCAGACUCCAAUGAAAGCCGAAUAAACUCGCCCUGCAAAACACACUGCAACAGACAAGCAACUUUUUAAAAAAUCAGCAUUGUCUCCCUUUCUGUCAGAUACGGUAAAUAAAUGGAAACCUCCUUUGAAGGCAUAUACGGUAAAUCAAAACACAGACGCAUUAAUUAAGUGCCGCGGUCUUCAGGCACUUGCCAGCCUUCAAAAGAACGAGUCAGAUGGGACAUUUUUACCCUUUGUCCGUACUUCCAAACGAGUCUCUUUGUAAUAUUCUUUGUUUAAAGAAAACAGCCUCUCAUCACUUACUAGCCUCAGUGCUAAGCUCUCUGCAAGGAGAGGGAAUGACGGUUUUGGCUUUAAUUUUGUGAACAAGACCCGAAGCUUAAUCUUUGCAUUCUGGUGUAAAGAAUGAACGUGGCAUUGAUAUUUCACUCAUCCGGGCUGUUAGAAUUUGCAAUUCACAUCAUAACUCUGUGCUUAAAUUAAAGAAGCUUUUCAAAACAUCGUGACAUCUGCAGCAUUUAAAUUCUAUCUUAUUCUUUGUCCCAAAGCAGGCAGCGGUAUAGUUGAGUAUUAAUAACUCAUUGGGAGUCUUUCAGGAUCAGUUGCAUGGGAUAUUAAAUUUAAUAUAGGCACAUGCAUUUAAGAAAAACUUAUGCAAACCAUUUUUUUACUCUUAAUUUUGUUGUGCUUGGAGCAUAAUUUAUUCAUCCCUUCUGUCAGUGAUAAUUAUUGGAAUUAUGUACUUUAAGAGGCUAAUCCAUACCCAGAAAGCAUACAUAUAAAUACUGUUCCAAAUUUGCAAGUUGAUGUAAGGGAAAGAAGGCUUCAGAAAUGCACAGGACCCCUAUAACUUGUUUAGUAAGAAAACAGCAACCACAAUUGCCACUAGACUGAAUGUAAUUAAGCCAGGUCACAAAUCUUUGUGUUGUUAAUGGAUUUUUCCAAAGAGUUGCAUAUAUCAUUCCUACACAGCUCCUGCAAGGAUUCUUUGAAUUCAUGAAUACAGUGUGGGGAUGGGGAGAAGAUGAGGCCCGGCAGCCUGACUCACCUGCAUUUUUCCAUCUUGAGUCCCCCAGGAACCUUUAUGACAAAUAAUUAGGUAGCCCAUCAUUUUUCAAAAAAUGAAAUCUUUUAAUGUCAAAUUAAUGUUUACUACCAAUAUCUGAAACCGAAAAUUAAUUUCGUAUCCCAUGCAAUAUGAGGUUACUUCUCAAAGCGAAUAUAUUCUUUCUCUUCCAGGAAAAUAUUAAUAAAGGAUUAAUAGGUUUUGUUUAAACUUCUAAAACCAGAGGCCUUAUUUCAGCCCAUCCUGCCCCCGAGUCCCCAGUGAGAGAUCUCAUGUAAUCAUUUCCCUCUUAUCUCCCAAAUAUAAUACAGGCAGUACAGUUCUUCACCCAUAAAUCACCAUUUUAUCACAAAUACAACAUUAUUGAAACAUCUUACCAGCAGAUCAGUACAGACCAUGAGCCUAAUUGUAUUCGCUAUUGUUCAGUGCACGUUUCACAACUUUUUCAUUCGAAGGUUCUCUUUAAAAGAAAAGCUAAUGUUUAGUCAUUGAAAGAGGUUUAAUUUCCUUUAAGCCGCAACACGGUUUCCUUGUCUAUGUUUUAUACUCACAUUUUGGUUUUGCCAUAUAGUUUCAUAUAGUUCGGCUAAUACCACUAAAAUAGCUGCAAGACCGUGUCAAGAAGAAAGCAUUUUAAUCAUAAUAUACGCCCCACACUGAGGCCCUCGUUCAUGGGAUGAACACCAACCUUACAAUGCAAAUAUCAGUGACGGCGUGGCGCUGUCAUUACGAGCGCGCUCAGGCACUGCACCGGAGCGUGCUUUCCUGUGAGUCGGCAGACGUUCCAAGGGUGUACCUGCCAACCUCAGGUGCUCUGCUCUGUGGGCACUGUCACAUGGCCGGGGGUCAUCUGAAGUGAGACCGACACAUUCUGAAGACAGGCCGUUUGUCCCAGCCCUCUGCCUUUACGGGUCCCCCUCGAUCACAGCACCCGCAGGUUGGGAGCCUCCUACCACCAGAACUGACCGUCCGUAGGCGCUGUUCUCAGUCUGCAAAGACUGACUUUUGGGUCUAGGUCAGAGACCGCACACAGAACCGAGAACAACGCAAAAUAAGGGCAACAAAAGGGCGGGCAUUGAAAAAAGACACGUCUUCUUUAUGUAUUAAUAUGCUAAUUAAAUGGAAACAAAGAUUUUAUAUGAAAAUGAGUUAUAUUACAUUUCCAUUAUACUAUUAAGUUAGCAUGAAAGUUUACCAUCAAAAUAAAGUUACCUCUUUUAUUACUAA